GUCUAUUUGGGACUGGGGGGGGGGGGUGGAACAAAUGUGAUUCCAUAUGAAAUUAAAUCCUAGUCGUGUAUAGACACUAACACAUUUGUUUGUCCUUCCUAUGACAAUUGUAUUGCCGGUGAUGAAUGGGUUAUUAUAUUUAUUGUAUCUCCGCGUGAUUAUAUAUAUGUGUGCGUAUGUGUGUGCGUAUGUGAGUGUGUGUGUGUGUGCAUGCGCGUCAUCUUCACUUAGUUGGAAGCUUAUUGUCAGUCCCUAAACUUGAGAGAGGAAAAAUCAACUACCCAUUUAAAAUAAGCGUGUCAGUAGAUCGCCGGUCUUUAAUAGCAACAUUUUUAACGCUUGCCCUGUGCGUUGAUUGAUUUUUUUUUUUCCAGCAUCCCCUCAGCAAAUGGAUUUUUGCCACUGCAGCUCAGCAGAGGGUGUCAGAUGUUUCAGAGUGCACCAGGCUGGAACGAGCAGAGCCUCUUAGCAGCUCACUCCUUCUCUCAGACACACACGAGCAUAUCCACUGUGUCUGUGCUGUAACCCACAGCCCCUGGAUACUAACAGUGGGGGGGAAGAAGCAGCGAAGGAAAAGCGGCCAGGGACAGCAGAGAAACGCAGCGAUUGCGGAAAUUUUGCAGCGCCAUUGGCUUGCUAGAGAAUGUUUAGACUGGGGCGUGAUUUCAGCACCAAGAGGCUGUGAACAGCGCACAGAGGGAUUAGAGAUUGGUAGAGGCGCUCGGCAGCCUUUAAUUCUGCUUUUUAUCCGGAAUCGACACAAAGCGGGGGGAAGGCAAGGUCGCUUUUCGCUCUCCCCCUGCACAUUCCAGCCGACCAUUACGCCUCUCUGUCUGUCUGUCUGUAGCAUGGCUGUGGCCAACAACUGCGGUAUAGUCACUGCCACGGCGCAGAUUUGUACAAGCUGACAGAUAUCGUCGGCCAAUUGAUCAGUCGGAUGUUUUGUGCUGCAUAGUUCAUCAAGUCAAGAUCGCUGGUGGAUGUACAAAAUCGACGACAACCGUCUGGGAUUAUUGCAGUGAGGGGAGCCCUCGGAUCUUCUUGUCGCUCCCAUAUUUUAUUGCUGCUUUCAGUGUGUGAGGGAAAAAAAAAAAAGGAGCGAGUCUUGAAGAAUCUCUCACGGAGAUGGAUUGUUAACCCUUUGCCAUGCGAUCGGGGAUGACUUGCUCUGUUUAAAAAUGCUGCUCUGGAUUCUGCUGCUGGAGAUAUCUCUUUGUUUUGCCACUGGAAACGUUACCAGAGACGUCUGCAAAGAAAGGUUGUGUUCUUGUAACGAGGUCGAGGGGGACCUGCACGUUGACUGUGGGAAAAAGGGAUUCUCCAACCUGCAGCGUUUCUCGGCUCCGACGUCCCAGUUCUACCAUCUGUUUCUGCACGGGAAUUCUUUAACGAGGCUUUUCCCCAAUGAGUUUGCCAACUUUUACAAUGCCGUCAGUUUGCACAUGGAGAACAAUGGUCUGCACGAGAUUGUGCCCGGCUCCUUCCUGGGGCUGCAGCUGGUGAAACGCUUGCACAUUAAUAACAACAAGAUCAAGUCGUUCAGGAGACACACGUUCCUGGGACUUGAUGACUUGGAGUAUCUCCAGGCUGACUUCAAUCUGCUCAGAGACAUUGACCCGGGAGCUUUCAGGGACCUGAACAAGCUGGAGGUUUUAAUUUUAAACGACAACCUCAUUAGCACACUCCCUACUAAUGUGUUCCAGUAUGUGCCCAUCACGCACCUGGAUCUGCGGGGGAACAGAGUUAAGACCUUGCCUUAUGAGGGGGUCUUGGAACAGAUCCCAGGCAUAGCCGAGAUUCUUUUGGAAGAUAACCCAUGGGAUUGCAGUUGUGAUCUGUUAUCUCUAAAGGAGUGGCUAGAAAACAUCCCAAAGAAUGCCCUGAUCGGCAGAGUCGUUUGUGAAGCUCCCACUAGACUCCAAGGAAAUGAUCUGAAUGAAACGACAGAGCAAGAAUUGUGCCCCUUAAAAAAUGCAGUGGAUUCCAGUUUGGCCGCCCCUCCUGCCCAAGAUGAAACCUAUGAUCCUGGGCCAAUCCCGACCCCCUUUAAAAGCAGUGGACAAGAAGAUUCUGCCACUCCAGGCUCCUCAGUGAGCGGGGGCACGAAAAUCCCUGGGAACUGGCAAAUAAAAACUCGGCCCACAGCUGUCAUGUCGGAAAUUUCUCAUCUGAAACCACCUCAUGCCUUCGCAUGUCCAGCUGCCUGCAGUUGUGGGCAGCAAAUCCUAGGGCCUGGAUUGAAAGUCGACUGCAGCAACAAAAAUGUCAAAAGCCUGGCUGACCUGGAGCCCAAACCCCUAAAUGUACAGGAAUUAUUUCUGAGGGAGAACAAAAUUCACACUAUACGCAAAUCCCACUUUGUGGAUUAUGGUAACCUAACUUUGCUGGAUCUGGGAAACAACAACAUAGGUAUGGUGGAAAAUAACACAUUUCAGAAUCUCACUGAUCUCCGCUGGUUGUACAUGGAUAAGAACUGCAUUGACACUCUCAUGCCAGAUAAAUUCACUGGUCUGCAGAGCCUGGAAUACUUAAAUCUGGAAUUUAACUUUAUUCAGCUGAUUCUUCCAAACACUUUUAAUCCAAUGCCUAAUCUUAGGAUCCUGAUCCUAAACAAUAAUCUUCUUAAAUCUCUGCCUGUGGAUGUGUUUGCUGGUGUAAGUCUUUCAAAAUUAAGUCUUCACAAUAAUUACUUUAUGUAUCUCCCAGUGGCUGGGGUAUUGGAUCAGCUCACGUCUAUCAUACAGAUAGAUCUACAUGGCAACCAGUGGGACUGCUCCUGCAAUAAUGUGCCUUUCAAACAGUGGGCAGAGCGCCUUGGCCCAGAGGUAAUUGUAAGUGAUCUAAAAUGUUAUUUCCCAGAGGAGUUCUGGGGAAAAGAUUUCAGGUUUCUUUCCAAUGAUAUGAUGUGCCCACUACUGUAUGCAAAAAUGUCCCCAACACUUAAUUCCCUUCAUAAAAAUAGUACUGGCUCAGAAGAGACCAACACUCGUCCCAAUUCCUACCUAGAGACCAGCAGGGUGUCCAUAUCUGUGUUGGUUCCUGGACUUCUGUUGGUGUUUGUUACCUCUGCCUUUACAGUAGUUGGUAUGCUCGUAUUUAUCCUUAGAAACAGAAAAAGAUCGAAGAGAAGGGAUGCCAACUCCUCUGCUUCUGAAAUCAAUUCCCUCCAGACAGUAUGUGAUUCUUCAUACUGGCACAAUGGACCCUAUAAUACAGAUGGCACCCAUAGAGUUUAUGAUUGUGGCUCCCACUCCUUGUCAGACUAGAUGCAUUAGGGUGGGUUAAGGGCAGGGUGGUCCGGAGGGUUUGAGUGGAGGGAAACACUGCACCCUGAUGCUAUAACUUCUUAAAUGGACGCAAAUGUUUUUUGUGCAUUGCUGUAACAUUCGCUACAAUUGUGCCAUUUCCAUGAAAUAGGAAUUGUUUCAAAGCUACCUUAUUGUGAAUAAAAAAACAAAACAAAACUGACAUCUGUCAAUACUGAAACGGUAUGUUAAAGAGACAGUUGCUAGGCGGCCUGUUGUGCUAUUCACAUGAGAAAGAAUUGCGAAUGUCAGAAUAUGCUACUUGGGGGUUGAAAGGCUGGAAUGUGGGGGAAUAACCAUGCAGCAUCUGCUCUCUGCUGGGCUGGUGCAAGAGGGUGAACGCUGUACGAAGGCAUGAAUGUAAUGUAUAUAAGAGACUAACUAAACCAAGUGCUGCAUGGCUCGCAUGGAUACAACGUACCCCAGGGUCGCUCAAGUGAACUGGAGAUCACAUCUGGGCACACCAUCCCUUUUGACCCCCACAAGUCUCAUCUUCUCCAGCUAUCUCUAUACACUAGUGGUAUACUUAAAGUGCCAUUGCUCUAUCUUUUGUGAUGGAAUCGCAGUACUAUCAUACUUUUACUGUGAAAGAACCAAUGUACUGUUUUAUUUAAGACGUGUUUGCAUGAAUAUUCAAAUCAGUUUCCUUUUUUUUAAUUUCUUGACUUCCCAUUCUUUUUUUAUUUGCAAAAUAUUCAGUGUUCCUUUAAA